CCUAUCCUCACCACCACCACCCCCUUCGACGAUGUCUAGGUCAUACGAUCGCGCACUUACCGUCUUCUCCCCCGAUGGCCACUUGUUCCAGGUCGAAUACGCUCUCGAAGCAGUACGCAAGGGAACAUGCGCCGUUGGCGUGCGGGGAAAGGAUGUCGUUGUUAUAGGUGUGGAGAAGAAGUCAGUGCUGCAGCUGCAAGACGCACGGACAGUACGGAAAGUUGUCAUGCUGGAUGAUCAUGUCUGCCUUGCCUUCGCUGGGUUGACUGCCGACGGACGAGUCUUGAUUGACAGGGCACGAGUGGAAUGUCAAAGCCAUCGUCUCACCGUGGAGGACCCAGUGACGGUUGAAUAUAUCACCAGGCAUAUUGCAGGCAUCCAACAGCGUUACACUCAAUCUGGUGGUGUUCGCCCAUUCGGAAUCUCUACCCUUAUUGUUGGCUUCGACCCACAUGACACCCGACCAAGGUUGUACCAGACUGAGCCAAGUGGUAUCUACAGCGCCUGGAAGGCGAAUGCUAUUGGCCGUUCUUCGAAAACUGUCCGGGAGUUCUUAGAGAAGAAUCACAAGGAUGAUAUGUCGCGAGAGGAAAGCAUCAAACUCACCAUCAAGAGUUUACUCGAAGUGGUACAAACUGGCGCGAAGAACAUCGAAAUCAGCGUCAUGGAGAGCUAUGGCAAAGUCACCAACCUCGAGCUCGCUCAGAUCGAGGAGAUCGUGCAGGACAUAGAGCGAGAAAAGGAGGCCGAGGCGGAGAGGAAGCGGUCGAGGUUGGCUCAGACGGCGGCGGGGCAGGCUGCCAUGUCCAUGGGGGCACAAGCAACAGAAUGAGUUUGAGAGUUUUUGGACAACUUUGUAUUUCAUAUCCUUGUCGUAGUUGUUGCUGUACCGCCUUUCGUUUUCCAACCACCAAUAAGACCCGACCACGUACAUGUUCU